AACCUAAACGGAAUAUCACAUGACCCUACCCCAACUAGCUGAUGAGCAGUUCUGACGACACUCUCCUACAACAAAACCCCACAACACGACACGUGCUCCCCAAACAUCGCGCUUACUACUCAUCAUCAGACGACAGUGCAGCGCCUACCACCCCUACACGCAGAUCAUCUGACCGAGUUCAAGUCACCCGAUCUCGAGUUAGUUCACCGUCUUCUUCAGAAGAGGAAGGAGCGUGUAAACGUCAUGAAGAGGAGCACCGGGAAAGGAGAGUAAAGCGGAGUCAAGAGAAGAGUUCCAAUCGGAGAAAACAUGCCCGGUCCUCUAGUUUCGUGUUCGAUCACCCCUUGGUUCACCAUGCCAGGACCAGCUCCUAUGCCAUGUACCAACAAAGUGUUGACAUAGCUCGGAACACAAUAUCAGAACUAGACUUACCUGCAAGUAGUUGGUGCGGCUUCUUUGCAGCUGCCAUGUUAGCAGUGACUUUGGGGGAAGUUGUUAAAAUCAACAACGCUCAAACUAACCCUUACAUGGACGAAGUAUUCCACGUGCGCCAGGCGCAACACUUCUGCGCAGGAAACUGGACAGUAUGGGACAGCAAGAUAACUACGCUACCUGGCUUGUAUUUACUGAACGCAGUUAUUGCACAUUGUGCAGGGUUUAUGACUGGUAAACCCAACAUUGAGUAUUGCUCUCUGGAAAAACUAAGGUUUGUCAACAUAGUGAUGUCAGUAUUGAUAUUUGUAGUUAUGUACACGAUAUUCAGGAAGCUAUCUCGUCGUUUAAAGGAUGAUCCCGGUUUAGGUAUUCAGCCGAUACACCGAACAUGCUGCAUGAUGAACAGCCUAGUGCUGACUUGCUUUCCUUUACUCUACUUCUACAACCUUCUAUAUUAUACUGAUGUUGGAAGUGUGUUAUUUGUAUUAGCUAGUUACAGUUGUUCUAUCAGAAACCAUCAUCUGAAAUCUGCCAUGCUGGGCGCCAUAUCAGUUUUAUUUCGGCAAACAAACAUUAUAUGGGUCGGCUUUACCGCUGGAACUGUAGUUAUUAGGGACAUCGAAAAUCGAGGAUUACUAGAGCAUUGCGAUGAUUUCUUCUCUCAAAUGGAAAUAGCUGUUAAAGUAAUAUUGAGAUAUUUCUGGCAGUAUCUGCUUUUACUCCUACCUUAUCUGAUGGUUCUCGCUGGAUUCGGUGUUUUUAUUGUCUUAAACGGUGGUAUCGUUGUCGGUGACAAGAGUGCCCACACAGCAGUUCUACAUUUCCCUCAGUUUCUCUAUUUCCUUCUCUUCCUUACUGCAUUCUCCUUACCCCACAUGAUCCAACGGCUACGACACAGUCAUCUCACUGUACUUUACUACGUUUUUAAGCCUGUACACGUGUUACUUUUCUUCAUGAGUGCAGUUUUGGCUCUUUACUUCUUCCGAUAUGAGCAUCCCUAUCUUCUGGCUGAUAACAGACACUAUACAUUUUACAUCUGGCGAAAAAUCCUGAAUCGGACGUCCUACACAAUGUACUACCUCCUCCCGGUAUGUUUCUACACAUUCCUAAACAUUGUGGCCCUCCUUUCAACGGUCCACUCCAAGUUCUUCACUCUGCUCUAUUUCCUCUGCGUGGCUAGUCAGAUUGUACCGCAGGGCUUGCUGGAGUUCAGAUACUUUAUCUUACCUUAUCUGCUGUACAGGCUGCACGUGCCGCAACACUCGUGGGUGGUGUUAUUCCUGGAACUCUGUCAGUACACCGUGAUUAACCUGGUCACUGUCAAAAUCUUCCUCAACAAAACUUUUGACUGGGAGAUCACGGAUUCUCUAACUCCUAACCCUCAGCGAUUUAUGUGGUGACGUCAUUAAUUACCAUGGUUACGUCAUUAAUUACCAUGGUGUCGUUAUCUAACACUGUUUUAGAAUAAUUUUGGGCAACUGCUAAUUAAACGUUUGAUGUCUGGCUGUAAUUCAUAAAAUUGGACUAGUUGAAUAAUUUUGCGUCGUCAUCAAACACCCCUUGUAAGAUGGUUUUGUAUUAAAUUUACUGUAUAUCAUGUAGUGUUUAAAUUCAUUUUGUCAGAUUUUUUUGGUUAGUUAUGAUAUUUGAUUGAUUUUGUGAUUCCUAUUUCCUCUUGAUAUUGCUAAUGUAUGUUCAGUCGUCCUUUAAUUAUCAAGCUCAGCCCAGAGUAUGGUAUCAGAAAUACUUAUUUUUGGUUUUCGAUUUUGGCCGGAAAAUGCCCAUUUACUCAAAUGGUCAUGAGCACCGCAUCCCUAUUUUCAUCAAGCACCUUGGGUACGUAGGUGUCAUGCCAAGGCUCCCCCAACUUCACGCAUUUAUAUUUGUCCAAAUGAUUCCUUGAUCAAGGAUUUUAAAUUGUUAGUGAUUAAAUGAAUAAACGUAAAACAAGCAAUUUUGAUUCUUGUAAUUAACAGUAACAACAAUUUUAUCUUGUCAAAAAUUUGAUAUAUUUUCACACCUUCCUGCCUUGUGCCUUCAUUUUUUACAUUCUGGGCCGUGAAUCAUUGUUUAGUUUGGUUUUAAGUUUAAA